AUGUUAGAGAAUAAGUCGGAUAAGCAGCCUACCGCUCCAGCCAUUGGAGUGAGGGAAACAAAGAGAAGAAAGGCGACACCAUAUUCACCAUCAAAAUCAAUAUCAGAGGUGAGAAACAACUCAUCACCAUCAUCACCAGUCCCUCCAGAUCUCAUAUUUGGUAUUUUCACAAGACUUCCAGUCAAAUCCCUCAUCCGAUUCAGGUGCGUGUCCAAGUUUUGCUCCAUUACCAUAUCCCACCCAUCAUUUGUAACUGUGCACCAACCCUACCCCCGGCCAAAACCAGGUCUCCUCUUCACCUGUGCCACCAGACUCCAAUUAGCUCAGACCUUCUUUGCUGCGACUGCGAGUCAGAAUGGCGGCCCAGCCACUUGCUGCUUAAUUGUCCCUCCUCGAUUUUCUCGCUAUACGACACAAUCAGUUAAUGGCAUAGUGUGCAUGGAUUUUGGCAUUUGUGCAACAAUUUGCAAUCCCAGUACUAGACAAGCUAUUAGUCUCCCAUUCCUUUGUCCAAAAACCUCUAUCAUUACUUCCAACACCUACUUCUGCGUAAACGUUUUAGGGUUCAAUCCCAACAACAAGCAGUACAAAGUGUUGAAUUCGUGGGGGAAUUACAACUUGGGUACGACGGAAUAUAGGGUUUUCACAUUAGGGACAAGAAAAUGGCGACGAGUGCAUGGUGGCCCCGCUUUCUUUGCUCAAAGAGAAAGCAUUUGCAUAGGUGGGAUUAUCUUCUUUAGGAGCUGGACGACCUUAGGAACCAAUGGUGGGUUGGCAGUUCUAGUUUCUUUUGAUGUCCAAACUGAAAGUUUUCGAGUAAUUAAUCUUCCUAGAGGUGCACCAUACAAUGUAGCUACAUCUUCUUUAAUUCAACUGAAAGGGCGUUUGAUUAUAGCUGAUUAUCAAAUCGAUAGUGAGGGUUACUGUCUGUGGGUGGUAGAGGAUUACUGGAAUGAGAUUUGGACCCAACACUACGUCUUCUUCCCUUUAUGUUUGAAGAAAACGAUAACCGGACACAAUGUUAUUGUCUCUGGAUCUAUUGAUACAGGUGAGAUCAUAAUGGCACCACAAUGCUUAUCCGCACCAUUUACACCCUUCUAUGUGUACUACUGUAAUUUAUCAAGAGGUCAUUUUAUAAGUGUCAAAAUAUUUGGGUUGCCUGAUUAUGAUGCUUUUGAUACGUCUAGUAAUAAUGUCGCUAUCACUAAUUAUGUCGAGAAUAUUCUGCCAUUGUCUUAA